UCACGCUCGACGAUCCAGGAUCAGAGCCUUUGGUAGCCCGCUCUGCAGUCUGCGCUGCAGACUGCUCUGCUCUGCUCACCUAACCCCCGCAAGCAACGCCGACGGACCGACAGCCCAAGAUGUGCAUCCCCAAGUCCAACCACCGCAACCUGGUCGACACAUGCUACCCUGCGCCCAAAGCACUGGCCAACAUCGGACCUGACUACCGCCCUAACGGCAACGAGCUCUCACGCCUCGCCUACUAUGCCUCCAAUAAGCCCGCCAAGCUCCUCAAGGUCGGCCAGUACCUCGAACACUCCAAGGUUCGCCCCGCCGCCAAGCGUGUUACCGGUAGCGGCAAGACAAGCGAUGCUGCCAAGAGCUCCCUGAUGGUCUCCCUGGCGAUCACCAAGACGCUGAUCGUCGAAUGUAAGCAGUCGCUCAACUACCUGCUGCCCUCUGCACAGGCCAUCCUGCUCGCUGCCCUCAGUGCGGCAGCCCGCGGCGCACCCGGUGGCAAGCGCGACCUGGAUCUCUCCGCGCGCUGCGCCUCGGUCUUCUACGCGCUCUGCACGUUGACCGAUCCGCAGCUGGCGAGCAUCGACACGCACGCACGCAGCGCCUACCACGCCAUCCUUUCCGAAUUUGCCGCCAUGGCGCAGGCAAGCACACCCGCGGAUGCAAAGGCCGACCGCGAGGACCGCAACCGCACCAAGCUCAUCGGAAUCGCCGCACUCUCUGGCGCCGUCAGCGGCGACCUGCUGUACCAGGCCAGCUUUGCUCAACAGGUCGCUGCUUUCCUCCCAGCCCUACUGCACAACGUCGUGUCGUCCAACGACGACGCAUCCCCUUCCUCCCCCCCUCUCUCCUCUCCCGGAAGCAGUGACGCCGUCGAUGUUGCCUUUCUACGCGAUGAGGCCGCGCGCGCAGCCUCAGGGGAGCUGACCUACACGCAGUUCCGCAUCAAGCGACAGCCGCUCGCCACACGCCGUGCCGCGUCGAUCGACGUCAGCGCCACUGCUGCGCACCGCGACGGCGAAAAGGGUCCCACAGCGCGCGACACCGCCAGCGCGGCGCUCGGCGUCCUCCAGGCGCUUCUCGCGCACGGCGACGCGAGCUACAUGCAGAUCAUCCUCCACCACACCCUUGCCUUCUUUGACAACGCAGGCAAAGGGCGCCUCUGGGCCCAGCAGGCUUGGUGUACUUGGCUUAUGCAUGCCUACGUCCUCUGGGCCGCGCCCCAGUAUCGUUUCGUCGUCGUCAGUGCGCUCGCUGACCGUCUCAUUGAGGUCAGCGACGACGACGAUGGCAGCAGCAACUCGGCUCCGGCGCAACAGCAGCAGCAAGAAACGCUACUGACGCUGCUCAGUAACAUCCUUUGCAGUCCGUCGCUGUCGCUCAUUGGACUAAGCACAUCCGAGCUGGUCAACAACCUGCUCGGCCUCGCCGUCCGGCGCGUGCACCGCGCCCGCGCGCCCGAGGACCUCGACACAGACGCGCUGCUCCCCAUGAUCGUCGAAGCUGUAGGCGCGCUCGGCCAGCACAUCUACUACGCCGAGCAGAUGACGGACAUUGCCGAAGAGGUGUGCGCGCGCAUCGAGAUGCUGCAGAUGCCCGACGAGGAGAACCAGAAGGCCGCGCAGCACGUCAGCGCCAGCCAGCAGGGCGGCAAGGAGAGGCUGGUGGCGGCAGCCAGCAAGAAGGGCAAAAAAGCGGCGCAGAACUCCGUCGCGACUGCGACUGCACAGCAAAAGGACGAAAGCAUCCGCGUCCUACUGUACUGCCUUAUGACGGCCCUGCGCAAGGCGCACGCCUCGCAGGCAUCCACCACCACAUCCUCGUCGUCGUCGAUCGCGAAGGGGCAUGCUUCUGCUGCGGGCAACGGCAGUGCCGUCCCCAAGAAGGCCGCCGUGGCAGCCAUUACGAAUAGGAGCAAAAUUCCGUUGUCGACACUCCAGGGCAUCGCCGGCCUGCUGUCCUGGCCCUCAGCCGUCGCGCGGCUGCCGUUCGAGCAGACGCUUGCGCUUUUCCUGCGGCACGAGGUUGGUGCGGGCGCUUCCUUCCUGGGCAGUACCAGCAGUGGCACCGACGAGCCCGGCUCGGUGAGCGCGUCGUCGCUGCUGACCCUCACGCCGGCCGACACUCACGCAAGCGUUGACGCUUCCAUUGGCACGCUGCACGCGCUCGCGGCGAGCACCUAUGUGACGGCGCUUUCGCGCGCGCUGUUCGUGCCCGAGAAGCUGCGGCAGUAUCCGCUCGAGGCGCUCGUGCUCGUUGAGCGCGCCAAUGCCGACGUCCUCAAGCCGAUCAAGCCGGACGCGAUCGCGAGUGCCAACCCGGUCGACUACGCGGCGAUGCAGGCUCUGCUCGUCGAUGCGUUGCACGCGCUCCCGCUCCCCGCCGUACUUGCGUUCGUCCCCAUGCUCGCCAAGCUCGAGCCCGACGCCGCCGCGCGCCUCGGCCCAGCUGCGCUCGGCGCAUCAUUCGGAGACCUCGAGGCGCAGCGUCUCGUUGCGAUUAAGCGGGUUGUUGCGAAUGCGUACGCGGCCAUCGCCAGGGUGUUUGUGCUGCCCUCGGUCGAGGCCGCCGCUCAGAAGGCCCUCUCCAAGCUGCCCAAGAGCGAUAACUUCCUGCCCGAUGCACCCCCGCGGCUCGCACCACCGGACAACGUUUACCAGUUCCGCAAAGGCCCGCUGGCCGAGGGCUUUGACCCAAGUGGGCUCUUGCCCGUGCUCGACGCCCAGGCGCUCAGCCAAUCGAUCGCCAGGUGCGAGCUGGUACAGCGUGCGACGGGCCUCCGCGCCGUGGACCUCCAGGCCUGGCUUGAUAGGGAUUGGAGUGUGAGCAUCGCCGUCGACGACUCGUUCAUCGCUGCGUCACCGUUCCGCGACGACCUGCCGCCCGAGAGCGACAUCGGCGCCGGUGUAGCGGCAGGAGGGGCUGCAUACAGCGGCACAAACACGCCGGUGAGCCGAGGCUCCGUCGCUGCCGGUGCGGGGCUGCUGCCGAACACGUACGGAGGUGCACGUGCAGGGAACGCCAGCGUCAGCGAGUCGAUGCUCAGCGUAACCACGUCACUGCAGGGCGAUGCCAGCGGCCGUGCAAACGAGACGGGUGUCCAGGACCUGCGCGAUGCUCUGCUGCCCAAGUCGACGUACACCAGCGCGGGCGUGCUCAUAGCGAACGGCAGUGGCGCGAGUGCAGGCGUCGCCGACACGUCGGUGGCGUCGACUUCGUCGCACGCCGCGCGCAGGGCGAGCCGGCGCAACAGCCGCCGGACGCUCGCUGCGGGCGGCGUUGUAACGCUCCUAGAUUCGCUCAACGUCUCGUCGUUACAGAGCAGUAGCCCUAGCGGCGAGGGCCAGCGGCCUGCGGCGCGUGUUGUGCCGCCAUACUCUGCGUAGAGAUAGAUACCACUAGCGCUACUGCACUACCCACUGUCUACCAUCGUUUCAGUCCUAAACCACACGCGUAUAUUUUUUUGUUCUGGUUUUUAUAUCACUAGGGGAGCGCUGCUGCUGCUGGUGUAAAGAGUCUUAUAAACGAAAUGCUACUGG